CAACAAUCCAUCCAUCUUCUACUUCCCUUUGAUGAUCAACUUCAACUUCAACUGCCAAUUGCUAAAUAUUUGCAUUUUGAAGAAAAGGUUUCUGACUAUUCUUAACAAAAAUGUGAGUUCACAUACACUUCAUUAACUAUAUACUAUAUAGAGCUUUCUUCAAAGGACUCAUCAAAGCAUAGUUUCCACCAGUUAGUUAGUUGUUGAUCUAGUGAUGAGUUCAAAUCAAAGUUCAUUGAAGCAGCUAGCUCUAGCUAUGGUUGCUUGUAAGCUUUUGAGAUGGCAAGUUUAUCUUUCUUCUUCUCACCAACUCAUCAGCAAUAUGCAAGGUUUUACUUGCUUACCCUAAUAAGCAUUCAUAGAAACAAAGUGGGCAGAAGAAAAUCCACUACAUUUCUUAGCUAUUUGUUUUGUUUUGUGUUGCAUCAUGCAUAGCUAGCUAGAAAGAUGAUAACUUGUGUUAAGAGAAAACUUCAGAAUGAGAAGAUCCAUUGCUAUUGUGUUUUCAUGCAUUUCUAGCUAGCUAUACAAAGACAUGGAGAUUGUAGGAACAGAAGUUUGAGGUAAUGGCAACAAUAUAUAGCAUUGUGGUGUUCUAUGUUUAUUUAUUCACAAUGCUGAGCAGUGAAGAUUCUAGACUUUAUUGUAUAUGAUAUUUGGAUUGGGUGUGCAUCAUCAUGGGGUUCUCAGUGAGAGACUUGUUAAUCUAUGGUUUGAACAUGCAACUGUGGUUAUUUUUUCAUGUGAUGGUUCUAUCAUACUUGUGGUCACAAGUUACAAGUCUUGGAUCCAUGUCUUCCAUUGCAAUAUCUUAUGGAGAACAAGGUUCAGUCUUUUGUGGCUUGAAGCUUGAUGGGUCCCAUACUGUUACCUGUUAUGGAUCCAACACAGCCAUAAUCUAUGAAACACCAUCACAUUUCUCAUUCAUUGGUCUAACUGCUGGUGAUGGCUUUAUAUGUGGACUUUUAAUGGAUUCAAACCAACCCUAUUGUUGGGGUAGCAGUGGCUACAUUGAAAUGGGGGUGCCUCAACCAAUGAUCAAGGAAGCUGAAUACAUAGACAUCAGUGCUGGUGAUCACCAUGUAUGUGGAUUGAGGAAGCCAUUAACUGGAAGAUUCAGGAACACUUCAUUUGUUGAUUGUUGGGGUUACAACAUGACUAGGAACUAUGUGUUUGAUGGAAUGUUUCAGUCAAUUUCAGCAGGUUCUGGAUUCAACUGUGGCCUUUUCUCUCAGAAUAGGAGUGUGUUCUGCUGGGGUGAUGAGACUAGUAGCAGGGUCAUUACUUUGAUUCCAGAUGACAAAAGAUUCCAGAGAAUCUCAGCUGGUGGAUACCAUGUUUGUGGAAUAUUGGAAGGUGUGAAGAAUUCAAGAGCUGUUUGUUGGGGAAGAAGCUUGGAUAUAGAAGAAGAAAUCUCAGUUUCAGUGAAACAACAUGCUGGUAGUUAUGGUCAAGGUAAUGUUGAUUUGGCACCAAGUGAUCCAAUGCUAUCUGUUGUUGGAGGAAAGUUUCAUGCAUGUGGAAUCAAGAGCUAUGAUAGGGAAGUGAUUUGUUGGGGAUUCAUCAUCAAACCAAGCACACCACCACCAAGUGGAACCAAGGUGUUUGAGAUUGCUGGUGGUGAUUACUUCUCUUGUGGUGUUCUUGCUGAAAGAUCUCUUAUGCCUGUUUGCUGGGGUGUUGGUUUUCCAAAAACACUACCUUUGGCUGUUUCACCAGGAAUGUGCAAGUCAAAUCCAUGUCCUCCUGGAUUCUAUGAGAUUGAUCUCCAAAAGGGUCUUUGCAAGUCAACAGAUUCAAGAAUUUGCGUUCAUUGCAGCAGUGGUGAUUGUCCUUCUGAGAUGUACCAGAAGAGUUCUUGUGGUGUGAAUUCCGAUAGAAUAUGUGAAUAUAAUUGUUCUUCAUGUUUUUCAUCUAAGUGCUUAUCAAAUUGCUCAUCUUCUAAUUCUGAGAAGAAGAAAAAUGAUGAUAAGUUUUGGGCUUUGCAGUUACCAGUUGUUAUUGCUGAGAUUGCUUUUGCAGUGUUCUUGGUUUGUAUUGUGUCGUUGACUUCAGUUUUGUAUGUUAGAUACAAGCUGAGAGAUUGUGAGUGUUCUUCAGUAAGGUCAAAGGUGAAGAAACUCAAUGGUGGUUCUAACAGCAAGAGCAGGACAAAUUUGGAGGAGUUCAAGAUUAGGAGGGCUCAAAUGUUCACCUAUGAGGAGCUUGAAACUGCAACUAAUGGAUUUAAAGAAGAAUCCAUUGUUGGGAAAGGAAGCUUCUCUUGUGUGUUCAAGGGUGUUCUGAAAGAUGGCACUGUUGUUGCUGUUAAGAGGGCCAUAGUUUCCACAAACAUGCAGAAGAAUUCAAAGGAGUUUCACACAGAACUUGACUUGCUAUCAAGGUUGAACCAUGCACAUUUGCUGAACCUAUUAGGAUAUUGUGAAGAAGGAAACGAAAGGCUUCUUGUCUAUGAGUUCAUGGCCCAUGGUUCCUUGCAUCAACACCUUCAUGGACCAAAUAAGGUGUUAAAGGAGCAGCUAGAUUGGAUAAGGAGAGUAACAAUUGCAGUCCAAGCAGCAAGAGGAAUUGAGUACUUGCAUGGAUAUGCAUGUCCACCAGUGAUUCACAGAGACAUAAAAUCAUCAAACAUUCUUAUUGAUGAAGAACACAAUGCAAGAGUUGCUGAUUUUGGCUUGUCAUUGUUAGGCCCUGCAGACAGUGGUUCACCACUUGCUGAAUUACCAGCUGGUACUCUUGGUUAUCUUGAUCCAGAGUACUAUCGGCUUCACUACCUCACUACAAAAUCUGAUGUAUAUAGCUUUGGUGUUCUGUUAUUGGAGAUUCUAAGUGGUAGAAAAGCCAUUGACAUGCAAUAUGAAGAAGGGAACAUUGUUGAAUGGGCAGUGCCGUUGAUCAAGUCAGGUGACAUAGCUGCAAUAUUAGACCCAGUUUUGAAACCUCCUAGUGAUCUUGAGGCCUUGAAAAGGAUUGCAAAUGUGGCAUGCAAAUGUGUGAGGAUGAGAGGGAAAGAAAGACCUUCAAUGGACAAAGUAACAACAGCAUUGGAAAGAGGGUUAGCAAUGCUAAUGGGAAGUCCUUGCAUUGAGCAACCAAUUUUGCCAACUGAGGUUGUUUUGGGAAGCAAUAGGUUGCACAAGAAAUCAUCACAAAGAUCAUCAAAUAGAUCAGCUUCUGAGACCACUGAGGUAGCAGAAACUGAGGAUCAAAGGAUUGAGUUCAGGGCACCAUCAUGGAUAACAUUCCCAAGUGUUACAUCUUCUCAGAGGAGGAAGUCUUCAGUGUCAGAUGCUGAUGUUGAAGGAGGGAAGAACAACAACAAUAACAUUAGUAAUAAUGCAGAAGUGAAUAAGAAUUUGGGAAAUGUUGUUGGUGUUGGUGGUGAUGGUUUGAAGAGUCUUGAGGAAGAGAUUGGACCUGCUUCUCCUAGAGAGAGGUUAUUCUUGCAACAUAACUUCUAAGUUCUAACCAACCAUAUAUAUCUUCUUGGAGGAAACUUUUAAUUUGGUUUCAUUUCUUAGAUGAUCUUGUUCUUUGUAUUUGUUUAGAUACUUGUUGGGGAAGAUGAAAAUGUGUAUGGAAAGAAAAACUGAGUUAAUUUUGCUAGAGAACAAAGUGAU